AUGGCUGUGGAUCGGGCGCAGAGCUCCGAGGCUAUUUCUUCCCCGUUGAGAAGAUCGUCAAGAACGCGUCGUGGCGGAAACACUCGAAGCUCGCUACCGAAUGCAAAGCUGUUAUCGAGCGGCUUAGUUCUCCCCAGAAAUCAUCUCCUCCGUCUUCCUCUGAUCAAUGCCUGUGGCACUGGCCUUGCGAAGAUCGUCGAACCAGCUAUCGGCUGCAUUCAGAAACUUAUCGCGCAUGGCUACAUUCGUGGUGAAGCGGAUACUUCCGGUGGAGCAGAGUCCAUCCUCCUUUUUAAAUUGAUCGAGUCCGUUGGUAAAUGCCACGAUUUGGGAGACGAAUCCAUUGAAUUACCUGUGAUCAACUUAAGACUAUGUUAUCUGCGAUUAACUCCAUCUCGCUGA